GUUAUUGUGCGAUUCAGGGCGAUAGGAAAUGCACCUAUCUUGAAACAGAGUUUUUAUAAAAUAACAGCGUCAAAUAAAUUUCAGACUGUGAUUCAGUUCCUUCGCAAAGAACUCAAGUAUCAGGGAUCAGAUCCUCUUUUUCUCUAUAUAAACAGCGCAUUUUCUCCUUCUCCAGAUGCUACCGUUGCAACGCUGCACAAGUGCUUCAAUACGGACGGCCAUCUUAUAAUCAAUUACUGUACAACCGCUGCGUGGGGAUAA